GAAGAUCAUGAUCUAGGUGGAAUCGGCAGCGGAGGAGAUCAAUCAUCAGCUAGAAGAAAUUUACGUGUUGUUAUUAUAAAAGCACCAGAAAACAAAGGUUUAACUGAUGCUGCUUUACAAUUAGCAAAAUCUAGUUCAUCUGAUAAAACAGCCGUAUAUGUACUUACAAAACAAACUGAUUUGGGUGAAUUACAAAAUAAAUUGGCUCAAUCACAAGAUGUGCAUGCCAAUAAACCAGAAGUACAUUUCGUCAAAUAUAGAACACCAGAAGAAGCUGAACAUGCACAACAUAGCAUUCAAGCCCAAUACAAUAAUUUGAAUGGUCCAACACAAAUUAGUAAUGAAGGUGUAGCACCUGUUCAAAGUUUCGUUGGUUCAGUACCAAGUAGCGGUGGUUCAGGAGGUUUUGGUGGUUCUGCUGGUGGAUUUGGUGGUUUUGGUGGUUCUGCAGGUGGUUUUGGUGGCAAUUUCGGUGUAGCUUCAUCACCAGCAGUUCAAAAUACAUAUUUGCCGCCAGCACCUGCACCUGCUCCACCACCACCACCACCACAAAAUUCUUAUAUUCCACCUGCUGUAGCUAGUCCAGUGGUACACAAUACAUACUUACCAGCAGUCCAUUAA